CCGUCCCCGCGCCGCGGCAGAGCCGGCGGGUGAGGAGCUGCCUGCGCCCGGCCCACCCUCGCCGGGGAUUAUGCCAGCGGAGCGCGGGCAUGUCGGCAGGCAACGACUCGUAGGCAGCGGCAGCCGCCGAGCCGCGGCGGCAUCAGCAGCAACGGCAGCGGGAGCCGCGGCCGCUGCGCCGGGAGCAGCCGGAUGUUGACACAUGUGGACCAACAGUGACAUCCUUUUUCAGCAAUGCCGUCUUCACUCCCUCCUGCAUUCAGAAGCAUCUAGAGAGAUACUUUGCAGAAGGGAUCCUCAAUGUGUUUCCUUGCCAUUAUUUAAGGAGCCUUUACUAAAAGCUUCUGGAUUGUGUUUCUGAACAGAUAAAAGAUUUUUGUAUUCAAAAUGCUCAUAAAGGAAUAUCGUAUUCCUCUUCCGAUGAGUGUGGAAGAAUAUCGAAUUGCACAGCUCUACAUGAUACAGAAAAAGAGCAGAGAGGAGACAUGCGGGGAAGGCAGCGGCGUGGAGAUCCUGGAGAACAGGCCGUACAUGGACGGACCGGGAGGCAACGGGCAGUACACCCACAAAGUCUAUCACAUCGGGAUGCACAUACCCAGCUGGUUCCGCUCUAUAUUGCCCAAGGCAGCUCUGCGAGUGGAAGAGGAAUCAUGGAACGCGUAUCCUUACACAAGGACAAGGUAUACGUGUCCUUUUGUGGAGAAAUUCUCUAUUGACAUUGAGACGUACUACAAAACUGAUCCGGGAGAGAAUGUCAACGUGUUCAACCUUUCCCCUGCAGAAAAAAGACAAACCAUUCUUGAUCCUAUUGAUAUUGUUAAAGAUCCUAUCCCUCCACAUGAAUACAAAGCUGAGGAGGAUCCAAAGCUGUAUAAAUCAGUGAAGACUAAAAGAGGCCCCCUCUCAGAAGACUGGAUUCAAGAGUACAAGAACAACCCUGGGAAAUACCCCAUCAUGUGUGCAUAUAAACUUUGUAAAGUGGAGUUCAGAUACUGGGGGAUGCAGUCGAAAAUCGAGCGGUUUAUCCAUGAUGUUGGCUUGCGGAAGGUGAUGGUCCGUGCCCAUCGGCAGGCGUGGUGCUGGCAGGACGAAUGGUACGGGCUCACCAUUGAGGACAUCCGGCAGCUGGAGAAGGAGGCGCAGCUGAUGCUGGCUCAGAAAAUGGCCCAGUUCUGCAGUGAAAACGAUACUGAGCAGCACGGAGUCAAAGACAAUCCUGGUGAGAAGGAUGUUGAAGCCAACACAGUUUCACCUGUUGACACCGAGGAUGCCGCUGGUAACAGCGAAACAGCCUCUGGCAGGUCACUCACCAAGCAGUGGUCCACCUCGUCCAAGUCCUCACGAUCUUCAAAGAGAGGAGCAAGCCCCUCACGCCACAGUAUCUCCGAGUGGAGGAUGCAGAGCAUUGCCAGAGAUUCAGAUGACAGCUCGGAUGAUGAAUUCUUUGAUGCACAUGAGGACUUGUCCGACAACGAGGAAAUGUUCCCGAAAGAAAUAACCAAAUGGAGCUCCAAUGAUCUGAUGGAUAAAAUUGAAACCCCCGAAUGCGAUGAUGUCCAGGGCGACUUGUACCACGAGCCGUCGGCAGAGUACCGCGUGGGCUCCAGCGUGGAGAGGCUCAGCAUCAUUGAAGAUGAAUCGGUGCAGCCAUUAAUGCAGCCCAGUAAAAUCCAUGUCCUCCUCUUGGUCCUGCAUGGAGGGAACAUCCUGGACUCGGGGAGCGGUGACCAGAGCUCUAAGCAAGGAGACGUCAACACCAUCACGACAGUGUUUGACACCGUGAUGAGGGUCCAUUACCCCGCUGCUCUCGGACACAUCGCCAUCAGGCUGGUCCCUUGCCCAGCCAUCUGCUCCGAAGCCUUUUCGCUGGUGUCCAGCCUCAGCCCGUAUAGUCACGACGAAGGCUGCCUGUCCAACAGCCAGGAUCACAUUCCCCUCGCUGCACUCCCUCUGCUUGCGACGUCGUCCCCGCAGUACCAAGAAGCUGUAGCCACAGUCAUCGUCAGAGCCAACCAGGCCUACAGCGAGUUCAUCAGAUCCCAGGAGGGCUUGUCCUUCAAUGGGCAGGUUUGCUUGGUAGGCGACUGUGUUGGAGGAAUCCUGGGAUUUGAUGCCUUAUGCUACAGCAACCAGACAGUGUCCGAGAGCCAGAACAGCAGCCGGCGAGGAAGCGUUGUGAGUGUCCAGGAUACCGACCUCCUGUCUCCUGGAAUAACGGUGAACAACAGCUACUGUUCCAGCGGCUCAAAUCUGGAAGCCAGCAGACACCUCAGCAGGAGCAACAUUGACAUUCCCCGUAGCAACGGAGAAGAUCCAAAGAAGCAGCUGCCACGAAAAAGGAGUGAUUCAUCAACCUAUGAACUGGACACGAUAAAGCAGCAUCAAGCCUUUCUUUCUAGUUUACAUUCUAGUGUUCUGAGGAACGACCCGGGAUCCAGGCGAUCUAGUAGCUCCACGAUGUUGGAUGGGGGAAAUAUCGGCAAGUUCGAAUUUGAGAUCACUGACUUCUUCCUCUUUGGUUCUCCCUUGGGUCUGGUCCUUGCACUGCGAAAAACUGUCAUCCCAGCUCUUGACAUCUUUCAGCUCAGACCAGCUUGUCAGCAGGUCUAUAACCUGUUCCACCCUGCAGACCCAUCCGCUUCACGCCUCGAGCCUCUUUUGGAGAGGAAGUUCUACCUUUUGCCCCCCUUUAAUAUCCCCCGUUACCAGAGGUUCCCGCUGGGCGAUGGCAAUUCUGCUGUUCUGGCAGAUGUUGUUCAGUCUCAUGGUGCCGUCUUCGUGGAAAGCACAUCCCUGUCCACCCCCAUUUCAGCCCCUCAGUUCAGGGGCUUCCGGAGAGCCAGUGAGAUCAGCAUUGCCAGCCAGGUCUCAGGAAUGGCAGACAGUUACACAGCUUCCAACAUAGCCAACAUUGCUGCCAAGUGGUGGGGAACCAAGAGGAUCGACUACGCUCUCUACUGUCCCGACGCUCUGACGGCUUUCCCGACUGUCGCUUUGCCGCAUCUUUUCCACGCGAGCUACUGGGAGUCCACAGACGUUGUUUCCUUCCUGCUGAGACAGGUGAUGAGGCACGAGAACUCGAGCGUUUUGGAGCUGGAUGGGAAGGAGGUGUCCGUCUUCACCCCCUCCAAGCCCCGCGAGAAGUGGUUGCGCAAGAGGACGCACGUGAAGCUCCGGAACGUCACAGCCAACCACAGGAUAAAUGACGCCAUCGCUAACGAAGAUGGGCCGCAGACCUUAACUGGAAGAUUUAUGUAUGGUCCAUUAGAUAUGGUCACACUCACAGGAGAAAAGGUGGACAUUCACAUCAUGACCCAGCCACCGUCAGGAGAGUGGGUUUACUUUGACACGGAGAUCAGCAACAGCAGCGGCAGGAUUUCCUACGUCAUCCCCGAGAACCGGCGCCUGGGCAUCGGUGUGUACCCCGUGAAGAUGGUGGUCAGGGGUGACCACACAUACGCAGACAGCUACAUUACGGUCCUGCCAAAGGGAACGGAGUUUGUGGUGUUCAGCAUCGAUGGCUCCUUUGCAGCCAGCGUAUCCAUCAUGGGCAGCGACCCCAAAGUCCGCGCUGGAGCGGUUGACGUUGUCAGGCACUGGCAAGACCUCGGCUACCUCAUAAUCUAUGUCACGGGCCGCCCCGACAUGCAGAAGCAGAGGGUGGUAGCGUGGUUAGCACAGCACAACUUCCCCCAUGGGAUCGUCUCCUUCUGCGAUGGGCUCGUUCACGACCCACUGCGGCACAAGGCUAACUUUCUGAAAUCCCUCAUCACAGACCUCCAUAUGAGGAUCCAUGCGGCAUAUGGAUCCACUAAGGACAUCUCUGUGUACAGCUCCAUCAGCCUCCCGCCCACGCACAUCUACAUUGUUGGCCGACCCACCAAGAAGCUACAGAGCCAGUGUCAGUUCAUCACCGAGGGGUACGCGGCCCACCUGGCCCAGCUGGAGUACAACCACCGCGCACGUCCCGCCAAGAACACCACGCGCAUGGCGCUGCGGAAAGGCAGCUUCGGGCUGCCCGGCCAGACCGAGUUCCUGCGCAAGAGGAACCACCUGCUGCGGACCAUCUCCUCCCAGCCAUCGGCCACCGGCCACCGUCCCGAGCGCACCCAGAGCCAGUCUGACAGCGAGAAGGAGAGGGACAGGGAGCGCAGCCAAAGAAGCAUGAGCAUCGCCACGGGGUGCUGGGGCCGGAGCGCGGCGUCCCGGCUGGAGUCGGGCCUGCUGGGGCAGAAGUAGCCAGGUCAGAGCCAGCGACUGUCGGCUGCAGCCACCGGAGGAGAAAACAAAAGGGAAAGAGAGACGAGGCCAGCGUUACGGGCUGGAAGGGUAAAUAUGGUGCUACUCUAAUAACAUCUUGGUGUUCUGGGAAGAGACGGGAUGUUUCCCACGCGGAAGGUGCAGGCCUUGCAGCGGGAGCCCAAGGAACAGCUGGAAAUUGCAGGGGGGAAGAGUCUCCGGGUCACAAUCGUGCUCUCUCCUGCCUCCUUCUCUUAUCCAGGUUUAGUGACUGUAAAUAUGUGCCUCCUCCUCGCCUUGUUAGCCAUCGCUCCAAUCCGUGUGACCGAGUGCUGUCCUCAGAGCCGCAGGAACAGGGGACGAGGCCAGGGAACUUGUUCUUGGUUGUCCCAGGAGUCAGACCGAGCUGCUCUGCCAGCACGGGGGGUUUGGGGUUCGAUAACCACACCGGUUCCCCGGCACAGGCAGCCCCAGAGGGGGAUUUAUCACGGGCUGCACCAGCCAGAGCAACCGAGAGCUUUACCUGUACAAAGAACUUCACCUUCAGCCACUUUCUCAAGGAGUACAUGCAGUGGCAACACAUAAAGAUGUAUCGAUGCUGUUGGGAGAGGCAGAAUGUCGGCAGAUUCGUGCCCAAGGAAGUGGGGUCGUUACUGUUAUUACUGUUAUUUUUUAAAGAGACCUUUUAGAAGCCAGUGGAAUUUAAUGCGUUGACCUAUUAAAAGAGGAAUACAAGCUA